AAAUCAUCGUCAAGUCGGAGGAAGAGAUGGAUGAUCAUCGCAGACUGCUGGAUUUCUCCCGGAGGCCCCAGAUAAUCUUACACCGAAUAGAUUCCCUGAAGUGUAACGUUUAUAACCAGGAGAGGAGAUCCACUCUGGACCAGGAGGAGUUAGAACCUGUGCAGGUGAAACAAGAACAGGAAGAGCCAGAAGAUCAUCAGAUAAAAGAAGAGCAGGAGGAUCUAAAACACCAGCAGAUAAAAGUGGAAGAGAAAGAAGUUUACUGCAGUCAGGCUGAAGAACAGAUUGAAUUAAAACAGGAGACUGAUACCUGCAUGUUGGUUCCUGUUGAUGAGCAAACAGACCACACUGAAUCAGAACCAAACAGGAACCAAGUCAUCUUCCAGGAAGCUAAGAACCAAAAUCAGGAAAGAAGAAAACCUUUCUCAUGUGGCAUCUGUAAAAAGCGUUUGACUUUCAAAUCUGUUUUUGAUGCUCACAUGAGAACUCAUACGGGUGAAAAGCCGUUUUCAUGUGUGACCUGUGGAAAAAGUUUUAGUGAAAAAGGUCAUUUAACUCAGCACAUGAAGAUUCACACUGGUGAAAAGCCUGUUUCAUGUGUGAACUGUGGAAAAAGUUUUAGUCAAAAAAGUAAUUUAACUCAGCACAUGAAGAUUCACACAGGUGAAAAGCCGUUUUCAUGUGUGAACUGUGGAAAAAGUUUUAGUCGAAAACAGGAUUUAACUCAGCACAUGAUUAUUCACACUGGUGAAAAGCCGUUUUCAUGUGUGAAUUGUGGAAAAGCUUUUAGUCACAAACAGCAUUUAACUCAGCACAUGAUGAUUCACACUGGUGAAAAGCCGUUUUCAUGUGUGAAAUGUCGAAAAUGUUUUAGUCACAAACGGAUUUUAACUCAGCACAUGAUGAUUCACACUGGUGAAAAGCCGUUUUCAUGUGUGAAAUGUGGAAAAAGUUUUAGUCGAAAACAGGAUUUAACUCGGCACAUGAUGAUUCACACUGGUGAAAAGCCAUUUUCAUGUGUGAAUUGUGGAAAAAGUUUUAGUCAAAAACGGCAUUUAACUCUGCACAUGAUGAUUCACACAGGUGAAAAGCCAUUUUCAUGUGUGAAUUGUGGAAAAGGUUUUAGUCAAAAACAGGUUUUAACUCGGCACAUGAUGAUUCACACAGGUGAAAAGCCGUUUUCAUGUGUGAACUGUGGAAAAGGUUUUAGUCGAAAACAGAAUUUAACUCAUCACAUGAGGAUUCACACAGGUGAAAAGCAGUAGAAGUAUUUUCCAUACAUGUCCUAUAUUGAGGUUCACUAAAGAACUGAUUUGGUUUAAAACUAGAAUGAAAGACUGGAGGGGUUUCAUGUCUAUAAAGCUGAAAGUUGUUGUAUUUGUUAAAUGUGUUCAUUUGGAUACUUGGAGAUGUGCAACCAUGACACAUUUUCCUUCAGAGAU